GCCUGGGCGGGAAAAUGGCGUCGUCUGAGGCGCCUCCGUGGGCCCCUUCUUCUUCUUCCUCCUGCCCUUCCCUUGCUCGGGGAGCGGGCCAGAGGAGCCCCGUGUUGAGCCCCCCUCCGGGGCUGACCCACCCCCGCCACUGGCGCCUCAGCAGCCCCGCCGCCUCAGGACAACUCCCAUAUGUGGGUCUUCCAGAUGACUUAGCUGACAAACUUCUUUUAGCAAACUGGGGUCUUCCCAAAGCCGUCCUGGAGAAAUACCAUAGCUUGGGAGUAACUCAAAUGUUCCAGUGGCAAGCGGAGUGUCUGAUGGUUGGACAAGUCCUAGAAGGGAAAAACUUGGUCUACUCAGCUCCUACAAGUGCUGGGAAAACGCUAGUUGCUGAAUUACUUAUACUGAAAAGAGUUCUAGAAACUCGCAAAAAAGCUUUAUUCAUUCUACCUUUUAUCUCUGUGGCAAAAGAAAAAAAAUAUUACCUUCAGGCUAUCUUCCGAGAAGCAGGUGUGCAAGUAGAAGCUUAUGUAGGAAGUAUCUCUCCUGCUGUCCGCUUUUCUGCCCUGGAUGUUGCUGUCUGUACCAUUGAGAGAGCCAAUGGUCUGAUCAACAGACUCAUAGAAGAGAAAGCACUGGACUCGCUAGGAAUAGUGGUUGUGGAUGAGUUGCACAUGUUGGGAGAUUCUCAAAGAGGCUAUCUCCUGGAGCUCCUGCUGACAAAAAUUAGCUUUUUGGCUGAAAGAAUGAACAAACAAACAAGCAUGGGCACCCCUCUCUCUAAUGGGAUACAAAUUGUUGGUAUGAGUGCUACCAUUCCUAAUCUGGGUCUGCUGGCCUCCUGGUUAAAUGCAGAGCUAUAUCACACAGACUUCCGUCCAGUGCCACUUAUGGAACAGGUGAAAAUUGGCAGCAAGAUUUAUGAUGAUUCAAUUAAAGCUUUGAGAGAAAUUCAGCCUCUGAUUCAUAUAAAGAAUGAUGAGGAUCACGUGGUGACUCUGUGUUAUGAGACAGUUCAAGAUGGCCAUUCUGUUCUUGUUUUCUGCCCAUCAAAGAACUGGUGUGAGAAACUAGCAGACAUCAUUGCCAGGGAGUUUUAUAAUCUCCAGCAGAAUUAUCUUCAGAAGAUUUCUACGCUUGCUCCAGUUACACUAGACAUGCCGAGGAUAGAUCUGUUGAUGAGUCAGCUAAAGAAUUCUCCUUCUGGCUUGGACUGUGUGCUUCAGCGAACAAUAAAAUGGGGCGUUGCUUUUCACCAUGCAGGUCUUACAUUUGAUGAACGAGAUAUAAUUGAAGUAGCUUUUCGUCAAGGAGUGCUUCGAGUAUUAGUAGCAACUUCUACUCUUUCUUCUGGAGUGAAUCUGCCAGCCCGUCGUGUAAUUAUCCGAACUCCUAUGUUUGGUAACAGAUUGUUGGAUGUCUUGACAUACAAACAGAUGGCUGGGAGAGCUGGAAGGAAAGGAGUAGAUACCAUAGGUGAAAGCAUUCUGGUUUGCAAGGCUGCUGAGAAAUCAAAAGGCAUUACUCUUCUUCAGGGUCAACUCAAGCCAGUGCGCAGCUGUUUGUUCAGCCAUGAAGGAGAGGGGAUUACUUCCAGUAUGUUACGGGCAAUCCUUGAGAUCAUAGUAAAUGGUGUAGCUAACUCUCCAGAUGACAUCAAGCAUUAUGCUUCCUGUACACUUCUUGGAGCUACUUUGAAAGAUUUCCAGGAUACUGAGAGAGAGCAAGAGGGAACUUGUCUUGGGUCUAUCGAUGCUUGUGUGAAGUGGCUACUUGACAAUGAAUUCAUCUUUAUUUCAGUCUCUGAUGUCGGCAAAGAAAUUUAUUCUGCAACACAGCUUGGCCGUGCUACUCUGUUCUCCUCAUUUUCACCCACAGCAGCACUAGAAAUUUUUGCUGAUCUUCAGAGAGCGAUGAAGAGCUUUGUCCUAGAGAAUGAUCUGCACAGUCUCUAUUUGGUUACUCCUCUUUAUGAUGAUUGGGCUAAAAUAGAUUGGUAUCGAUUCUUUUGCUUAUGGGAGAAGUUGCCUUCCUCAAUGAGGAGAGUAGCAGAGUUGGUUGGGAUUGAAGAAAGCUUUUUAGCCUGCUCUGUGAAAGGCAAAGUUAUUGCUAAAACUGAGAAACAGCACAGGCAAAUGGCCAUCCACAAAAGGUUUUUUACAAGUCUGGCUCUCUUGGAUUUAAUAAGUGAGGUUCCUUUAAAGGAUGUUGCUACAAAAUAUAGUUGUAAUCGUGGACAGCUUCAAUCUUUACAACAGUCUGCUGCUACUUAUGCAGGGAUGAUUACUAUUUUCUGUAACCGCCUGGGGUGGCACAAUAUGGAACAACUGCUCUCUCAGUUUCAGAGUCGCCUGACUUUUGGAAUUCAGAGAGAGCUCUGUGAUCUUAUCCGUAUAUCUCUGCUAAAUGCACAGUGUGCCAGAGCACUUUAUGAUGCUGGUUUCAACACAGUAGCUGAUGUGGCUAAUGGGAAAGUCACUGAGGUGGAAAAUGCCAUCAGGAAUGCAGCACCGUUCAGAAGUGCUCGUAAGGCAGUGGAUGAAGAUGAAGAAGCUGCUCAGGAACGGCUUAGUACCCGCUGUAUCUGGAUGCCUGGACUGAAGGGCUUAACCGAGAGUGAAGCAGCUCAACUGGUUGUGGAGGAAGCCAAAACUCUCUUGAAGCAGGAUUUGGCUGUUUGGGGAGUGCAGUGGAAGCCCAAUACCUCUCUUUUAUCAGAUGCAUCUGACAUAUCAUCCAUAAUAGAAGGUGCCCUUGAAGAAGAAAUCCACGGAUUGAAUCACAAACCAGUAUUAAGAACAAGCCACAGAAUAACUUCAUCUGGCAACUGUGUUAAUUCUCAACCUGAAUCAUGUGUAAAACAACAAAAAAAGAGACUUUUAGAUGUUAGUCCCAAAGAUCAAGAGAAGACUCUGGGAGAUGGGAAUAAAACAAAAACAGGAAAUGCUGAUAUUUAUUCUAGUGCAAGUAAACGACUUAAUCUGGACAGAGAUAGCAAAAAUAUAAAUGAUGCCUCUGUGAAACAAAAGUUGGAUGACACAGAAGCCAAGACAAGCACUGAACAGACGACAAAGCCUGAACUGAACUCUACUUCUAAAAGGGCUCACAUAGGGACUAAAUUUAAGAGAAAAGUUGAAGUUAACUUGAAACAAAGUAGAGAUCAAAGUAGCAUUGCAAAAUCAAAUGGGAUGUCACAAGCUGCAAACAUAAGUGAAGCACAUAAUCAUGCUGAUAAUGCUGUGAAGUAUUUUGAACAUAUUGAAAACUGUCACUGCCCAGAAUUUGAAGAAAGUUUCCAGCUGGAUACGCAAACAGAUAAGAUAUUGCAACAGCAGAUGGGUGGUGAAAUUCCUAAUGAACAAAGGAUCAGAGAGAGAGAGUUGGUAGCAAAACCAACAGGGACAGAUUUUAUUUAUACAAGGUCUGCCAGCAUUUCAGAACCAGCAGGGAAGGAUUUUAUUUGUACAAGUUCUGCUAGUACUUCAGGAACUUAUAUUUCAGAUGUUAAGGACAACCUAGUGUGCAGAAAAGCACAUAUAAAUACAAAAAGUAUAGCAGGAAGCACAAAUGAAUUGCAUAGGAUAGAGUCUAACAAAUCCCAAAUAAAGCCUGCUGAAAAAACCCCAGAAACAUUAGGAUGCCUUGAAAAAAACAGUUUUUAUGUCCUGGACUCCCAGUUAGAUAGUUUUUUACAACAGUAUCAAACUCCAGAUCUAGUAAAAGAAAGUGCAUCGGCCGUUCUAAAGAAGGAUUCUUUGGAUGUUAAUGAACAAAAUCUGAAUAACAGUGAUAGUUUGCUGUUUGAUGAAAGCUUUAGUGACAUUAAUGUCCCUCAGGCUGUUCACACUGGUGAAGCUGUUGCCAUGGAGGCUUUUCCAUCACAGCAGGUUAUUCCUUCUCCUUUCAAAUGUACUUCAGAAUAUGAUUUCUUAGGUGAACAGGACAUGUUGUCAGAUGAGGAUGUAUUAAAUGCCACUAUAAACCAGAGAAGGUCAGCAGGAUGUAACAAGGAAAAUUCUGUAGUGUUGGAUAAUGAUGUUUUCCACGUUGUAGAAAGGUUAGACACAAUGGCUGUGCCUCCUUUCCUUACAAAUAUUAGCAAACUGAAAAAUUCAAAUGGCAUAGUUAAUUUCAGAACUGAUACAAUUGAAAAUGGUGCGGGGGGAAAUCUAUUAAAAGGUGGUGUACAAAAUUAUAGUAACCUAGCAGGCAAGUGCGAUACUCUAUUUGAUUUAAGCCCAGGAAUGAAAGAACUUUUAGAUGGAUGGCCAAGUCCAUCAGGAGGUGAACCAGAAAUGGGUAAAAAAAAUCCUACAAAAGUAAUGUUGUCCAUGAAUAAUGAUUUAGGUACAAUCUCUGCCCCUUGCCACGGUAAAUGUGAAUUAUCCUUUUGCAAGGCUUUUGAGAGUAACCACAUACCUACAGAGAUAGAUGAUGAGGCUAAGACUUGUUCGUCUUUGGUAAUCAACAGAAAUGGAGCAUCUGGCUUUUUGACAGUUGAGAACAGGAGGCCUCCUUCUCCAGUGAACCUCAAUAAGCCUGCUUUAGCAUGUUUGGAGCAGUCCUUUGUGAUACAAGGAAGACAUUUGAAUCCUAUGAAGAAAGGUCCAUGUCUUCAGCUUAUACAGAAUGCUACACUUGAGUCACACCUGCAGGCAGAAAUCUUGCAGCAAAAAACUGAAGUUGGAGAACACAUUGAGAUUUUACCUGAGGAGGAUAACUCAAUUGUAGCUGAAGAUUUUUCACUGCAGUUAUCUCAAGAUAAAGUUCUGCCACCGUCAUGCAGUGCUGACAACUUCACUAUAAUUGAUGUGGCAAAUAAUAAGACUCUCUUCCAAACUUUCAUUAAAGAAUGGAAAACAAAGAAAAGAUUUGCUAUCUCGGUAGCUUGUGAAAGAACCAGUGGGUCCCAAUCCCACAGAUCAGGUAUUGGUGCCAAGUUUAAAGCAGGAAGCACUUUAAAGAAAGUGUCCACAAAGAUGGGAUUUCCCAUGAAACCCCAUGAAGACACAUAAGUUGGAUUAGCUGUAUGUUGGGGUGGAAAGGACGACUAUAUCUCAUUGCAGGAAAAACUCAAAGAAGAGAUAGAAAUUAGUGCCAGCUUGGCACCACCCAUGGAUCAGAAUUUGACUGUAGCAGAGAGGUUAGAGCACCUUCAGUCGUGUCUGCAAAUCCCAAGAAAAAACUUUCACUGCGUGUAUGAAUUCAUUCAGCACUACAAGACGCUCCUGAAAGCCGUGGGUCUCUUUGGCAGGAUGUUUGAAGACCCAAAGGUGGCAUGCUGGUUGCUGGAUCCUGGAUCUAAUGAGCGCUCCCUUCAUAGCAUGGUUGCCAGUUUCCUUCCUGAGGAAUUGUUCUUGUUGGACAAAAUUGGAACAGGAGGGCAAUCAGACCUAGGGCUCAAUGCCACUGCAAAUCCUUCUGGGCGGUACAGAGCAGCUGUAGAUCUGUCUGUUUUGUUUUACUUAUCACCCCUUAUUGCAGAUAUUUUUCAUAAAGUAGAGAUGCCAAAUCAAUAUUGUUUGGCCUUGCUGGAACUCAAUGGUAUAGGUUUUAGUACUGCGGAGUGUGAGACCCAGAAACAUGUUAUGGAAGCGAAACUGAGUGAGAUUGAAAAUCGAAUAUACCAGCUGGCGGGCCACAGUUUCUCUUUGACCUGUCCUGAUGAUAUUGCUGAGGUCUUAUUUUUGGAGCAAAAGCUCCCAUCAGAUGUAGAACCAAAAAUGCAAAGAGGCAAGAAAACUUUAGGUUAUACUGGAAGAGCAGCAGCAAAUGGAAACAGGGUCAGAUUGAGCAAGCAGUUCAGUACAACCAAGGAUGUUCUAGAGAAACUGAAGGUGUUGCAUCCAUUACCAGGCCUGAUUUUAGAAUGGAGAAAGAUCACUAAUGCAAUAACCAAGGUGGUAUUUCCACUGCAGAGAGAGAAGCUUUUGAACCCUGUACUUGGAAUGGAGAGGAUCUAUCCUAUUUCUCAGAUUUACAGUGCUACAGGUCGCAUAAGCUUCAGAGAACCAAAUAUACAGAAUGUGCCUAAAGAUUUUGAAAUUGAAAUGCCAAGCCUGGUUGAAGAAAGCCCACCUUCCCAAAAACAACAUAAUAUGUUCAGUGUUCCAAAAAACAGAAGUAGAAAGCAUUCUGUACUACCAUGUGAACCUAAAAGUCUGACUGAAACAGUAUCCAGUGGAAAAAGAAUUCCAUUCGCUGUUAGCAUGAGACAUGCCUUUGUACCAUUUCCAGGUGGUUUGAUCUUGGCAGCAGAUUACUCCCAACUUGAAUUGCGGAUCCUUGCCCAUUUGUGUUGUGAUCGGCGGCUUCUACAGGCAUUGAAUGAUGGUGCCGAUGUAUUCAGAAGCAUUGCAGCUGAGUGGAAGAUGAUUGACCCUGAAGCAGUUGGAGAUGAUUUAAGGCAACAAGCCAAGCAGAUUUGCUAUGGAAUGAUCUAUGGAAUAGGAGCUAAAUCCUUGGGGGAACAGAUGGGUGUUGAGGAAACAGAUGCUUCCCACUACAUUGAAUCUUUCAAAUCAAGAUACCCAGGUAUUCAGAAAUUCCUAAGAGAGACAGUAAAGAAAUGCAGCCAAGAUGGAUUUGUGCAGACAAUCAUGGGACGGCGUAGAUACCUCCCAUCAAUUAGAGAAUCAAACCCAUACAAGAAGGCACAGGCAGAGAGGCAGGCUGUGAACACUGUGGUCCAGGGAUCUGCAGCAGAUAUUGUUAAAACAGCCACAGUGAAUAUCCAGAAACAGCUAGAAGCUUUACCUGCAGCAGUAAAGUCUUUUGGACACUUGGACAGCUCCUUCGAGAAAAAAUGGUCAGGAAAAUCAGUCAGGGCAGAAAAAAGGCAGAUAACCUAUCCAAGACAUGGAGGGUUCUUCAUACUCCAGCUGCAUGAUGAACUUCUUUAUGAGGUUGCGGAAGACAGCAUGAUUCAGGUAGCACAGAUUGUUAAGCACGAAAUGGAAAAUGCUGUGAAACUUUCAGUGAAGCUCUCAGUAAAAGUGAAAGCCGGGUCAAGCUGGGGAGACUUGCAAGAGCUGUACUUGUGAAUGAACCCGAAACAGAAAUUUGUGCUGUUAGUACCCAAGUCUACAGGACAAUUCAUGGCUUCUGCCACCAGAUUCAACACCUGGGCAACUGGAUGCAUUUUAAAACGCUGAUACAAUUUAUUUCCCAGCUGAAUCUGAACCUAUAAAUGGAAUUAUUAAAGGAGCAUUCAUCUGUUGCCACUGCACAUCUAGAAAUGACAAUAACAUUCUUAAAGCAAAAUAUAAUUCCUCUUGAAAUCUACAAUGAAUUUAAAGUCUAGUAAUGUAUUGUUUCUUAAUGGACUUGUCAAAAAAUGCCUCUAAGUGCUUUUAAUGAAAUUAAUAUAAUGGCAGGUUUUUGUAUAUAAUACAGCUGCCGUCCUCAGAGAGGAAAAGUCUUAAUUUGUCACCAUAAAUGCCUCUUUCCUGACAUAUGAUGGUAUUUAUUUUUCAGAAACGUUACGAUGUGUGUUGAAUAUAUGAUACGAGGUUAUGAUUUGUGGGGGCAUUGUUAGCAGUACAUGGACAUGACUCCUCAUGUUGCACUACAGGCACAGUGAAUUGUGCAGUACUUGUGUAGCAAGUGUGUGAAAUAAUCCUUUACUAGUUCUCCUUGCCUGCUGUAGGGUGGAAUGAGAUGGGUCUCUUGAUCUUAUAGUGAAUGUUCACUACCUGGAAUCCUGUUAGUAGCAUACACACAUUUUCCUUGCACUGUGUAAGGAAAUUUACAAUUUCCCUUAUACUGCUUAUGUUGGAUUUUGGGUGGUGUGGAGGUUGGUAUUCUCUUCCUGCCUCUGUGGCACUAAAGCCCUCCUGACUUAUCCUACAGUGCUUGAAGCCACCCACAUCACACGAGCAUUCGGUGUCUCAUGAGGAGUUGACAGUAUUGGGGAAGAAUUUAGCUAUGUCCUCAUAGUCAACGGUGAAAAUUUUACAGCCAUACUGAGACCUCCAGAGGACCCAACAGAUCUCAGCACUGAUGUAAAUUAUUUUACAUCUCACUAUGGGGACAUAGCCAGAUGCUUCUCUGAUCCUACCCAUUUCCUAUGAGGUAUGGGAUGGUCAUGUGGGGGGGGGGGUGACGGGAUUUGGAGGUUGUAGGGUAAGUUGAGGACAGCUUAGAUCCUCAUGUACCAUUACUAUGCUAUGCUGAAACAUACAGUACUGUAGACUUUGUCAUGUUGGACUACAACUCUCUGUAAGGUGCUCUAAUUAGGUCUGGUUUUGUGCCUCAAUACUUGAUGUAAGAAAAUGAAGAUCAGCUUUGAUGUAUUUUUGCUACUGGCUUUUAAACCAAUGAAUUAAGCUGUUUGUAUUGUGAAUAGUCAGACAAGAAUUUAAUUCAUAACUAUUUGUGUAAUAAAAAUAUUUGUCUAUCACAUUUCUGCUCCUGUGCU